GCAAAAACUGCCAAUAUUAUAAUUAAGUUGAUCUCCAUAGAGCAAGAACAUGUCUUCUCUCCAAUAUUCCUUCGUGUCCUCCAACCCAAAUCCAAACUUUGAUGAGCAUCUGUGGAUCAUCAGCAUUCGUAGAUCACUUGAGGAAGAGCUCGAAAGUGAUUCUGAAGUUCCUGCUUCCAUUUUCAAUGUCCCCAAAAUCCUGAUGGCUUCCGAUCCUAAUUCCUACACUCCACAACAGGUUGCUAUCGGUCCUUACCAUUAUUGGCGACCGGAGGUCUAUGAGAUGGAGCGGUACAAACUCGCCGCGGCGAAAAGAACCCAGAAACAACUCCAGAACCUCAAGUUUCAACACAUUGUUGAUCACUUGAUGAAGCUUGAGCCGAAGAUUCGAGCUUGUUACCACAAGUUCUUGGAUUUUAGUGCUGAAACUUUAGCUUGGAUGAUGGCUAUUGAUGCAUCGUUCUUGCUGGAGUUCCUUCAAAUUUACCCUAUCAAAGAAGGUUUGACGAUUACGAGACUUUCCUCAAGAAUGUCUCAUUUGGUUGAUUUUGCAGGGAGAAAAUCAGCUCACAAUGCUAUUCUUAGAGAUAUGGUGAUGCUUGAGAAUCAAAUUCCACUAUUUGUUUUGAGAAAGAUCCUGGAAGUUCAAUUCUCAACAUUAGAAUUGGCCGAUGAAAUGCUGCAUACGAUGCUAGUAGGAUUUUACAAAGAGCUUUCCCCUUUCAAGAUGAUGGAGAUGCGAAAAAUCCCUGUUUCGCAGUGUUCACACUUGCUAGACUACUUGUACGACAUGAUUGUGCCGAAAGUGGAAUCUGCGGCCGGGCCAGAGAUAACUGAGGCGGAGGAUCAGGGAGAGGUCAUGCAAGGGAAAGAAGGAUCAUCUGGGAAUUCAAAUUACAUAAAAGAUCUCUUCAGUGAGAUAUGGAAACUAAUUUCAAAGCUAAACAAAGGACCAAUACAGCUUCUCAAAAGAAUACUAUUUUCUAGACCUGUUAAACUCGCACUGAAAUUGCCAUGGACAAUCCUCUCCAACCUUCCUGGGUUUUCCAUCUUGAAAAAACCUGUUCAAUACCUGUUCUUUGACCAAGAAAAACAAGAAGUGAAAGCAGAGAAUGAGGGCGGCUCCAACAAUGAAGUUAACAAGCCACCAUUGGUGGAGCAGAUCACAAUUCCUUGUGUCGCUGAGCUUUCCAAAUGCGGGGUACGUUUCUUACCCACCACUAGUAACAUCUCAAGCAUUAGUUUUGAUGCUAAGACAGUUACAUUCUACCUUCCCAUAGUCAGCUUAGAUGUGAACACAGAGGUGGUGUUAAGAAACUUAGUAGCAUAUGAAGCAUCAAAUGCAUCAGGACCGUUGGUUUUUACACGUUAUACAGAAUUGAUGAAUGGGAUUAUUGAUACAGAAGAGGAUGUGAAGUUGCUCAGAGAAAAAGGUAUCAUUCUGAACCACUUAAAGAGUGAUGGAGAAGUAGCAGAUCUCUGGAAUGGAAUGAGCAAGUCAAUUAGACUAACCAAAGUGCCAAUCUUGGACAAGGCGAUUGAGGACGUUAACAAGUACUACAAUGGAAGGUGGAAGAUAAAAGUUGAGAAUUUCAUGAAGCGUUAUGUGUUUGGUUCUUGGCAGUUUCUUACAUUACUUGCUGCAAUAUUUCUCUUGCUCUUGAUGACAUUACAAGCCUAUUGCUCAGUCUAUAGCUGCGAUCGCUUACUUCACAUUAAUUACUCCACUUAGCGGUAAUCCUUUUAAUUACUUCACAUUAAUAACACCACUUAGCGGUAAUCCUUUUAAUUCUUUUCUUCGUUUCAUUUUUUUUCAGUGGUGUUUAAAUAUAAAUCCAUCAUUUUGAAAGCUUUAUUUAUUUUGAAAUAUUUCUUAAGGGAGAUUAAAAAUAAAGAAAGAAGAAAAAAAAAAGCAAAGAAUUGGUGGGCUGUUCCAUGGUCUAAGUGAAUAUUUGAUUGUGAUGAUGAUAGCAGGAUUGUAUUGACUCUCCUUUAAUGGAUAUAA